AAUAUUUCAAGGUUGAUCAUGAAGUUGUGGGCUUCUGCUGUUGUUGUCUCAACCAUAAUAUCAUUGGGCUCUGCUCGAUCUCCUUCGGGAGGUUAUGCUCCAGGACCGGCCCAGUGUCCAUCCGUAGAUUCCUUCUUGCGGGAAGGCAACUCCAUUUCAGAGCAAGAAAAGGAGUGGAUAAGUGAACGACAAGCCAAGUCGAACGAGGCUUUAAUUCUGUUCUUGGAUGAUUCCAAGUUGGACAGUUUCAAUGCAGAAAAAUUUAUUAACCAGGAUAAUUCUCUGGGUAUCAACUUGGGGGUGGCCUUCUCUGGAGGGGGCUACAGAGCGAUGUUGAGUGGAGCAGGUCAGAUGUUGGCGUUGGACGACCGUUCUGACUUUGGAGGAGGGUCAAAUGCUACUAACCCUGGAGGAUUGGGAGGUUUGCUCCAAAGUGCCAAUUAUGUAAGUGCAUUGUCUGGAGGUUCGUGGUUAUUGGGAUCUUUAGCCAUGCAAAACUGGAGGAGUGUUCAAGAUGUGGUUUUUAACGACAAUGAUGAUCUCUGGAAUUUGACAGACACAAGGCAAUUGGUCAAUUCUAAUGGACUAUGGACAAUUGUAUUUCCAGUACUUUUAGGUGAUCUUAAUGGUGCUUUGACUCAUCUUAAUAACUGGUACACCACUAAAUACGGACCAGGAAUAGGUGACGAUUUGAAGGCUAAGGAGAAGGCUGGAUUCCCUACUUCAUUGACAGAUGCAUGGAGCAGAGGAUUGGCACAUCAAUUGUUUCCUGGAGAUGUAGACAACUACAUGGAUUCGUAUACCUGGAGUGACAUUAGGAACAUGUCUUCCUUUGUCAAUCAUGAAAUGCCAUUUCCUCUUGUCAUUGCUUUAGGUCGUCGUCCUGGUACUACAGUUUACAACUUGAACUCCACUGUAGUUGAAAUCAACCCAUUUGAAAUUGGCUCGUUUGAUCCUUCCUUAAACACAUUCUUCACUGAUUUGAAGUAUCUCGGCUCUAACGUCAGUAAUGGGGUACCAACAAGCGAAAGCUGUGUUGAAGGGUUUGAUAAUGCUGGUUUCGUUGUGGGUACUUCUUCCUCGUUGUUUAAUCAAUUUCUUAAUACUUUGGUGUGUGACGACUGUAACAGUUUGCCUUGGUAUAUCAAGCCAAUUAUUAAGGCCUUCUUACUGAAGUUGUCUAAGAACUACGAAGACAUUGCUGAAUACAGACCCAAUCCAUUCUACAAAUCCGAAUUUGCCAAUUCUUCCCAUAUAGCCCAAAAUGAUACUCUUUACUUGUUUGAUGGUGGGUUGGGAGGUGAAGUUAUUCCAUUGUCAAGUUUGAUGACUAAGGAAAGAGCUUUGGAUGUUGUGGUUGCAUUCGACAAUGGCAAUGAUGGAGCCACUAAUUGGCCCAAUGGUUCCGCUUUGGUUUCUACCUACGAACGUCAAUUCUCUCCUCAGGGUAGAUCAGCAAUCUGUCCUUAUGUACCAGAUGAGGUAUCAUUCCUUUCUCAAAACUUAACAGCCAGACCUACAUUCUUUGGGUGUGAUGCAAAGAACUUGACUGAUUUAGUUAAGGAUGGAGUCACUCCACCAUUGGUUAUUUAUAUCGCCAAUAGGCCAUUCGAGUUCUACUCAAACACAUCUACGUACAAGUUAUCCUACACUGAUGAAGAGCAAAAGGGAAUGAUCCAAAACGGCUUUGAUGUCGCUACUAGAUUGAACGGAACUAUUGACGACGAAUGGAGAACGUGUGUGGCUUGUGCCGUCAUCAGAAGAGAGGAGGAAAGAAGAGGAAUCGAACAAUCUGAACAAUGUAAGAAGUGUUUCCUGAACUAUUGUUGGGACGGAACGAUUACUCAAUCUGAGGGACCAUACUAUCAAGAACUCAAUUUUACAGACACCUCGUUAACCAACGGAAGUGAAGUAUUCUACGGACCACCACCACCCCAAGAACUGAGCGGAGGAGGAUUGCUUAGUUUUAUCUUCAAGAGAGAGGAAGACUUUGAUAUUCCUGUAGUUCGUUCCACGAGUGCCUCUAGCACAAUGAAAUUGAACAUUGAUACAGUCGUCGUUGCCAUGCUUGUUGCAGCCAUGGUCAUGAUUUAGACAUUUGUUAUUACUUAUUUAUAGUUAGUCUUGUCAAAUAAAAGUUCACUAGUU